UGGAUUUCUCACCGGCUCUUGCCUUUGUGUUGGCCAGAUGGGGAAGGGGUCCUUCAAAUACGCCUGGGUGCUGGACAAGCUGAAGGCCGAGCGUGAGCGUGGCAUCACCAUUGACAUCUCGCUGUGGAAGUUCGAGACCACCAAGUACUACAUCACCAUCAUUGAUGCACCUGGCCACAGAGACUUCAUCAAGAACAUGAUCACCGGGACCUCCCAGGCUGACUGCGCCGUCUUGAUCGUUGCUGCCGGCGUCGGUGAAUUUGAAGCCGGCAUCUCCAAGAACGGGCAGACCCGCGAGCACGCCCUGCUGGCUUACACCCUGGGGGUGAAGCAGCUCAUUGUGGGCAUCAACAAGAUGGAUUCCACAGAGCCCCCGUACAGCGAGAAACGCUACGACGAGAUCGUCAAGGAGGUCAGCGCCUACAUCAAGAAGAUCGGCUACAACCCAGCCACAGUUCCCUUCGUGCCCAUCUCGGGCUGGCAUGGAGACAACAUGCUGGAGCCCUCUCCCAAUAUGCCUUGGUUCAAAGGCUGGAAGGUGGAGCGCAAGGAAGGCAACGCCAGUGGGGUGUCCCUCUUGGAGGCCCUGGACACCAUCCUGCCCCCGACCCGCCCCACAGAUAAACCCCUGCGCCUGCCCCUCCAGGAUGUCUACAAGAUUGGAGGGAUCGGCACCGUCCCCGUGGGCCGGGUGGAGACUGGCAUCCUGCGGCCUGGCAUGGUGGUCACCUUUGCACCCGUGAACAUCACCACUGAGGUGAAGUCCGUGGAGAUGCACCACGAGGCCCUGAGCGAGGCUCUGCCUGGGGACAACGUCGGCUUCAACGUGAAGAACGUCUCCGUCAAGGACAUCCGCCGUGGGAACGUCUGCGGGGACAGCAAGUCGGACCCGCCGCAGGAGGCGGCGCAGUUCACGUCUCAGGUGAUCAUCCUGAACCACCCCGGCCAGAUCAGCGCCGGCUACUCGCCCGUCAUCGACUGCCACACCGCACACAUCGCCUGCAAGUUCGCCGAGCUGAAGGAGAAGAUUGACCGGCGCUCCGGCAAGAAGCUGGAGGACAACCCCAAGUCCCUGAAAUCGGGCGACGCAGCCAUCGUGGAGAUGAUCCCUGGCAAGCCGAUGUGUGUGGAGAGCUUCUCCCAGUACCCACCCCUUGGCCGCUUCGCUGUCCGUGACAUGCGACAGACCGUGGCCGUGGGCGUCAUCAAGAACGUGGAGAAGAAAAGCGGUGGGGCCGGUAAAGUCACCAAGUCUGCCCAGAAGGCCCAGAAGGCUGGCAAAUGAAUCGUGGGCUCCCAGUGCAUCGCGCAGAAACCAUCCCUGACACCAGGACGCUGCCACCGUCUCCCCCGGGCGCAUGUGUGCACAUCAGCUUGUAAGAGUUUAUAUGUCAACGACUGGAUGCUCACCAUUAAGGUCCAGUGGAAAUUCUUUAAAAGGAAAAGCAUGUUCCAGCGUUUGUGAGGCUUCAUGUUAAUUUUACCAAUAAAACUGGUACAACAUCCACAGUGGAAAAAAAAAAAACAAAAAACAAAACCAAAACAAACAA